CGAAUCUAAAACUACAAACAAACAGUUGCCAGUUUUCGUUUCGGCCAUUUAUGUGAAGGCCCAAACCAAGAAUGAAGCAGGCCUCCCAUGGCGGCCAUGUUUCAAAUUCUCUCUUGUUUUCAACUCUCUCUCGCUCUACACCAAAACCUUUUGAUGGGGUUUCCUCUAACCAAGCUCAAAAUCCACCGAGCUCCUCUUUCAAGUUCCAACCCACAAAAAUGCUACCGACUCUUCUUCCUUUUUCCUUCCUCAUUUCAUUCCAUAACCCAAUUCAUCAAUUCCAAUAAAUAUUUUAUCAUUUUUCACCCCCUUCACACUCCAUCUUCUUCUUAACUCUUCUUUUUUUAUCUUCUUCCAUUAUUGCUCUCUCCUCUUCCUCUUCCUCUUCAAAAUUUCCUCUCUUAAUCUUCCUUUUCUUAUUAUUUCUUUUGUGGGGUUGCUUUAUCUUUCAGAAUCUUGCCUUCGAUCAUCGUUGCAGGAAGUAUUGCAGUUCAGUGAAAAAGGCUUGAUGCAGCUGUAUUAUUCAGUUCAGUGGGCCAAUAACCAUUUUAAAAGAACAAUGGUUUAUGCUGGUUUGAUAGGACUUGAUCUUUUGGACAAUUAUAGCAAAUACAUCUGAAAACCAAUAAUUUGAAAUCUGAUGAUAGCAUACUUGGAGAUUGACGUUCUUCUCUCUCUUUAGUUUGAGGAGGGUGUUUGUUUGUAUAUAUAUGGACUGAGCUAAACCUUUCAUGGGAGGUGUGGAGGAUGAAGAACCAGCCUUGAAACGCAUGAAAGUAGCCUCUACAGAGUUAAGGGGUCUUUCCAACGGUUCGUCCAUUGUAGAGCGUGUAGGGGGUUCUUCUAGGAACUUGAUGGCUAGACCCCUACCGUCUGAAGGAGACAAGGGCAAGGUUAUUGGUUCGAGAGGAGUUAUUAGAAAAGAUGAGUUUGUGAGAAUAAUUGCUAAUGCAUUGUAUUCUCUUGGUUACAAGAAGAGCAGUGCUUGUCUCGAGGAAGAGUCCAGAAUACCCUUGCAUUCUUCUGCUGUAAAUAUAUUUAUGCAGCACAUUCUUGAUGGAAAUUGGGAUGAAAGCAUUAAUACCUUACAUAAAAUUGGUCUAUCAGAUGAAAGUAUGGUUAACUCUGCCUCCUUUUUGAUACUAGAGCAGAAAUAUUUGGAGCUUUUGCAAGUUGAUAAGGUCAUGGAAGCUUUGAAGACAUUGAGAACUGAGAUUGCUCCCCUUUCUAUUAAUAACAAUAGAAUACACGAACUUUCAUCCUUUAUCAUGUCUCCUUCACCGAGUGGUUUAAUUGGUUCACCCCGUGAAGAGCAUUCGAGUGCUAAGUCUCGGACAAAAUUGCUGGAGGAAUUGCAGAAGCUUCUUCCACCGGCAAUUAUGAUACCUGAAAAUAGGUUGGAACAAUUAGUCGAACAGGCUCUUUUGUUGCAACGAGACACUUGUCUCUAUCACAACGCUUCAGAUCAAGAAAUGUCAUUGUAUUCGGAUCAUACUUGUGGCAAAAAUAAGAUACCUUCUCAAACUUUUCAGGUAUUACAAGCACAUAGUGAUGAAAUUUGGUUUUUGCAAUUUUCUCAUAACGGGAAGUACUUAGCUUCAUCAUCUAGUGAUCUAGCUGCAAUCAUAUGGGAGGUAAACUCCAGUGGUAAGGUCUCUCUAAAGCAUAAACUAUCUGGUCACCAGAAACCCAUCUCCUUGGUUUCAUGGAGUCCUGACGAUAGUCAGCUGUUAACCUGUGGGGUGGAGGAGGCCAUUAGGCGGUGGGAUGUUUCUUCCGGCAAGUGCCUCCAUGUUUAUGAAAAGGCUGGCUUUGGGUUGGUUUCUUGUGGAUGGUUUCCUGAUGGGAAGUCUAUUCUUGCUGGGAUUAAUGACAAGAGUAUCUGCAUGUGGGAUUUAGAUGGCAAAGAGUUGGAUUCUUGGAAAGGGCAACGAAUUUUGAAGAUAUCGGAUUUAGAAAUAACAGAUGAUGGGAAGAAAAUUAUUACCAUAUGCAGAGAAACUGCUAUUUUGCUUCUUGAUAGGGAGGCAAAAAUUGAUAGAUGGAUCGAAGAAGAUCAAGUAAUAACUUCUUUUCGGUUGUCCAAAGAUAAUAAAUUCUUGCUGGUUAAUCUUCUGAAUCAAGAAAUCCAUCUAUGGAGUUUAGUAGGUGAACCUAAUCUUGUAUCAAAGUAUAAAGGUCAUAAGCACACCCGAUUUGUUAUUCGGUCCUGUUUUGGAGGACUUGAGGAAUCUUUUAUUGCAAGUGGUAGUGAGGAUUCACAGGUAUAUAUAUGGCACAGAGGAUCCGGGGCGCUUAUAGAAGCAUUGCCUGGUCACUCUGGUUCAGUUAAUUGCGUGAGCUGGAAUCCUACAAACCCGCACAUGCUGGCAUCAGCCAGUGAUGACCAUACAAUUAGAAUAUGGGGCUUAAAGGGACUAAAUGUAAAACGGAAGAAUGCGUACAGAAACGGUGUGCACUAUUGCAAUGGUGGAACUUAACGAGAAGACUUACUGCUGUCCCCGGUUAUUAUUCUUUUCUUCCCUCUCUGACAGUUGCCCCUGUAAAUACUUACUACAGUCACUCUUCUAAGUUAAGAUUCAUGUUAAAUCUGAAUUAAGAAGUUUAUUUCUGAAAUGAAUAAGUUAUUUCAAUGGUA